AUGACCGCUUCAAAGGUCCUCCGUGUUGGAAUGCUUGGCGCCGGUGAGGUUGCGCAGCAGGUCUGGCUGCCAACGCUCUCACUUCUCAGCGAAUACUUUGUGGUUGACUUCAUCUGCGACAUCUCGCCCCAAGCGGUGGAGUUCAGUCGGUCACGUUUCCACAUCCCGAACGGGGACACAUCGCCGGAUUGUCUCUUUCAGGCCCCUUCAGUGGACGUCGUCUUCGUCCUCACGUCCGAUGAACUUCAUGAAAUUCACACCAUUGCCGCGCUCGCUGCAGGAAAACAUGUGUUCCUCGAAAAGCCCAUCACCCUCUCCACCACCUCCGUACAACGGAUCUUGGACGCGGAGCGUGGAGCUCCCAACGGGGCUAAAGUGUUUGUGGGUUACAUGAGGCGCUAUGCGCAUUCCUUCUUGGAUGCGUUCAAGCGUGAAUUGAGUACGAUCCCCCGCAUUCUGUACGCUCGUGUCCGCGACUUUCCCGGCCCAAAUCCAAAGUUUGUUCAACAAAGCGGCAUCUCCGCCAUCAAACCAACAGAUCUCCCGGAAUCUGGGUCCCCAGCCGCCAUCGAGCGCGAUCAGUGCUUACAAACACUGCUGGCCGAAGCGUGGGCGCCGCACCCCGUUGUUCCUGAACGCAGCACAUAUUGCCGCUUUCUCUCAAACCUGGGAUCGCACGAUCUAUCAUUGAUGCGUGAGACAUUGGGAUUUCCGGACGCUGUGGCAGGAGUGUCGGUCCAUGACCCCUUCUACUCCGCCAUAUUCGAAUACCGGGAUAAGUACGGCAACCCCUACGCGGUGACGUACGAAUCCGGGUGGGACUCUGUCCUUCGCUUUGAUGCACAUAUCGCGGUAUACGGAGCGGAGAAAACCGUAAGUGUCCACUAUGAUACGCCAUAUAUCAAGGGGUUGCCCAUCAAAGUGAGGGUGGACGAGAUCAACGAACAUGGAGAGGCGACCAUCCGGGAGAUUCGAACGACCUAUGAAGAUGCAUACACGACCGAAGCCAAAGAGUUAUGGGCAUGUCUGGUGGAGGGGAAAGAAAUCAAGACAUCGGCAACGGAUGCCGCGGAUGAUGUGCGACUAAUAAAGAUGAUGCUGGACCAAUUCGAGAGACAGAAAUGUGCUGGAGAAACAAAUGGCUACGUUCGGCCGAACGUGGGACGUGUUGAUGAUAGUUCCCUGGAGUGA